AAAACGCUUGGUAUUGACGGUGUCAGCGUUUAAACCAUAGCAAGGUCUGGUUCUCACCUGCUUGCUCGUCGCUAAUCUGGCAUACAGCAUAUCUUCUGUUCUGAAUCGGUUACGCGCAAGGUUGCAGUAACCGGUCACUGGCUUUGCCCUGUGGUUUUGGCUGUCAAAUCCUGACGUGCCUAGUAGCCACCGAAUUCGUCGGAAGCGCUGCUAUGUCGUUCAAACUGUCUCCCUAUCGUGCACCUACUUCGGCGCCGUCUCUUCUCUUCAGGAAUCCUUCGGAGGCUGUCCCCCUGACAGAUGAACUCGUAAAGCUGCAGGAUGAGCUUAAAUUGCUUCGGCAGAAAUCAUUGGAGCGGGCUAAGAAGGCCGGAGAAGAUUUGAAGACUAUCGAGGAAUCUAUGAGGCGAAUUAAGGAGAGAGAGAAAGGAAAGGCAAAGGCGAUAGAAAAGGUCAAGCGUGAACGCGGUUUCACCCCAGCCUUGGAAGCAGAUGAACGCGAUUUUUCUCCUUCUAUCAAUGGCACCAUAAAGGUUCGAGCACAAUCAAUAUCGGUUUCUUCCCUCCCGCCCUCUUCUAGGGCAUCAAUGGACCCUCGAAGACCAAUACCGGACGAAAUCAAGAAGAAAAAGAAAAAGCGUAAACGAGAUGAAGAUAGUGACAUUGAGCAGGGUAAUUUACAGAGACCAUCCACAGAGACCGUGAUUCAGAUUCUUCAUACAGAUUCCGUCCGUAGUGUGAAAACCUUGCCAGGUCCUUGUCUCAGUGUACCCCUCAAGCCGUCGAAAUCGCUAGGAUUUGUGGCAAAUCACGUCAAGUCUUCAUUCGCACCCGACUUCGCACUUCCACCCCCCACAGUACUACUGCCCACUCGUCCUCCGAUACCCCCUCCGCCCGUUCCCGGUCCCAGUAAUGCUACGGAUGUCACCGAAGAUUUCAGUAAGCUCAAGCCGCCAGCGCAAACUCCUGUCAAUACCUUUUACUCAAGCAUCGAGCCCUGGAUACGAGGGAUUAAAGAGGAGGACAUUGGCUUCCUAGAGUUUACUGCGGACGAAGUUGAGCCUUACGUGAUACCGAAACUGGGCAGGCAUUACUUGGAAGUAUGGGAGGAAGCUGAUAUCACCAUGUAUGGUGGGCCAUUGCCUGGAUUUUCAUCUGGUCGAUUGGGUGAGAGCUCGACGUCAUUACCGAAAUGGGAUCCGUCAACCCUCAUGGAAGCGGACCUGUUGACGGAGGAGCGCAGUCAUGGGCCCUUGACAGAGCGAUUGAUGAGUGCCCUUUUGUCAAUGCCAGAUUCGACAGUGUGGAAGGGUGUUAAGGCUGCCGAGGACGCUAUGGAGGGUAGACCGGGCGGAACUGGUGCAGCAGCUGCGAAGAGGGAGAAAGUCAAUGUAGUUGAUUUGGAGGAGAGGGUUCAGGACACGAUGCGGUUUCAUGGAUUACUUCACGAGCCGCCUGAUUACUCGACGAAAGUCGACGACCCGAUUGCGACGGCCCUCAGGCAUGCUCAACGGCAAUUACGGACCGUGGUAGCCAUGAACAAGGCCCGGAAAGAACGUCUUGCUGCUAUUGCUCGUGAUCGGCUUGGUUAUCAGGAAUAUCUGGAUCUCCGCUCGGCCCUUGAUAAAAGUAUAACGAGCGCUUAUUCGAAAGUCCAGAAGAAGGAUGAACCAAAGCUGAAUAAAAAGAAAAAGAAACUAUCGGAGGUUAACGGCAGCGCGAACGGGAACAUUUCUGGCGCCAGCGCGCCGAAACCUUCACCUGCAGCACUUGGACUUGGACCGGAUGACGAUCUUCGUCUUGUGGUGCCAGACCACCUGCAGCAACUUGUGGAGACCCGCCGCCAGUGGGUGGCUAGCGUUGGGGGUGUUUUUGACGAGAAGGAGAGGGAGUGUCCUGGUCGAAUAUGGGGCCUCCCACGACGAAGCAUUUAUGAAGGGCUUGAGGAAUCUGUCCGUCACGAUCUGGCCCGGUCGUUACUUCCAAAUAGCACUUCAUCAGGUCAACGGACUACCCAAGGGACCGGAGAUGAGAUGGAUGUCGGAUGACAUAGGAGACAGUAGAGUUUUGCCUACCGUACUCUAUCUUAUUCUCUCCCGUGGAUUACACUUGUUUCUUUUACACUGCGUUUCCACAUUACAUGCGCGUUUAAUUACUCCUGUACUAUUCAGAAGCAUAACGCCUGAGAUGUGAUCAUGAUCUCGAUCAUAUUGACUCUACUGUGUUAUUUUAGGUUUCUUAACUGUGAUUUUCUUAUGAGAU